CACGGUCGCGCGUAUCGCCUCUUCCCUCAGUCGCCUGUCGCAGCCGCAGCCCUCCUCGUCUUCGCCCUCACACAGCCUCUUCGUCUUCGUCCUCAUGCAACGCAGACUCUGCGUCCUCACGCGCUGUGAAGCAGGAGGUUCAUUUCUCCCGCAGCUUCUCUUCCACUCUCGGUGCGUCGGGCUUCUAUCGCCGGCCGCCGGUGAAAGGUUGCAGAAAUCGCGUCCCCUCAUCAGCGUGCUCACCGUCAGCACUUCAGCAACAUUCAUCUUCUGCCAAGUUCGAGCCAGUCGACUGAAGCUAGAUGACCCUCUUGCUUCCUGCGCGUUCCUGUUUCAGAGGAAUUGCCACAGAAAUAUCGACUGUCCAGCAGUUCUUCAAUCCAUCGACGGUAUCCAAUCUGACCUAAGGAGCCGUCGAGCAGGAGUGCAUCCGAUUUCCAGGUGUCUGGAGAUCAUUCUCGCCCUUUCUUUCAAAACUUUUGAAGGUCGCUCCAGUGGGCGCUUGAGUUUUGAAAGUCUGCCUGCUGUUCUGGAGGUUCUGUGACAGAAAGCAGAGGGUCCCCAUCGCAUUCUCUUUCCUUUGUUGUUGAUAUAAAACUCUGAU